AUGGAUGCUGCGUGGCUGAACCCGGAGGAAUGGACCUGUUCAGAAGGAGUCCAAGAAGUCCUCCUGGAAAGUAGGAAGUCCUCAACUAGACUGACUUACCUGGCCAAGUGGACGAGGUUUUCCCGCUGGGCAUCCGAACGGGGCAUCUCUCCCUUGCGUUCCUCCAUAGAGGCUGUCCUGGACUACCUGCUCCAUUUGAGGAACCAGGGCCUGGCAUACUCUUCCAUUAGAGUGCAUCUUGCAGCCAUCUCUGCUUUUCACCUGCUGAUCCAAGGACAGAUGGUGUUCUCCCAUGACAUGAUGGUCAGAUUCUUGAAAGGGCUGGAGAGACUCUUCCCGCAGGACCUCUUGAAAGAUUUUUUGUAUAAAAGAGAAAAAGGAGAACUUCUAAUACAGAAAUCAAAGAGACUUAAAAAUAAUCUUUUAAAGCAGAUGCAACUAUCAGUUUCGAAAGAUGGAUUUGUUCACUUUGGAGACACUGUGAUGCUUUUGAGCCCUGAAAACAACAAAUCACCUACGGAGAAUUACCCUGCAGCGUGUGGCAAUCUAACUUUGGCUGUUAAUCCAGAUGAUAUAACAGUACAUACAUCUGAGUCAUUGCAAGUCCCCUGUGGAUUGAGUGCAGUGAAAAGUGUGAACCCUGUUGGUCGAAAUGCAUUUCGUAUCCUAAGUGUUGAAGGAAAUUCGAUGGGUGAACCCAUUAGAUUUGGGCAGAAUUUUGGUCUUGGGGCAACAGGCGGUUUUACCGAUCAAAUGUUAUAUCUUGCAAGUGACCAUAAAUCAUUUAUGAGAUUUGCUAAAAAAUCAUACCUUCAGCAAGUGUUUUUGACAGAUGAGCUCUCCUAUCUGACUUGCUGGCAAGCUACCUUUUUGGAUCCACAGCUGCGUCUUGAAUAUGAAGGAUUUCCAGUUCCUGCAAAUACUAAAGUCCUUAUCACUCAUUGCCAUACAAAUCGGGGUUUAGCAGUUCCUAGGAACUAUUGGAUAAGGUCGUACUUUGGAAAGGAAUAUGAAGUCAUCUGUCACACCUAUCUGGAUUCCCAUAAAGCUGAAGAAGAUAAGAAUUACUGGAUAAUAGUAACUGCGAAUCCCAGUGAUGAUGGAAUUACUAUGUUUGACAGACCUAAGCCUCCCUCAGAGGAGACCAGAGAGAGAGAGAAGAAUGAACUUUAUGCAGGAACAUAGAAUGUAAUAGUCCAAGGUCAAAAACUUUCAUUUUAUUUAUGCUUUUAGAAAAUGGAAAUUCUAAUUUUGAUGAUGAUAAUUAGAGCUUUGAGUGCACUUCACACUUUCUCUAUUCACAUUUUAUUUUUAACCCUAGAUUCAUUUAUUUUAUAAGCAGUUAUGAAAAUCUGCCAUUAAUUACACUGGGAAACCUCAUUGAAGUCAGUGGGGUUUCACUUAAAUGUAACUGAGGACAGAAUU